UUUUUUAAAUCAAAUCAGAACAAACAAAAAACUAGACCCGAGCAUCGAAUGAGAAAUCUUUGCAAAUAGUAAAUAGAAUUGAAUAAUAAAAUAGUGAAUUUUGUUUUAAUAUUUUAUCAAGUGUACAUAACCUCUGGUCUUUGAAUUAUUUGGAUAAAGUUUUCUGUUUAGCUAGUUAUAACAUAAUGCAGCACGAACAUAUUCUAGCUACAUUCAAAAUUCUAAUUAUAGGAGAAAGCGGAGUUGGGAAAUCCAGCCUUAUGUUCCGAUUCACAGAAAAUGAUUUUGAUAAGGAUCAAGCGCUAACAAUCGGUGUGGAUUUCAAAACCAAAAUAGUCGAUAUUGAUAAUGUUAAAGUUAAGUUAGCCAUUUGGGAUACUGCGGGACAGGAGCGCUUCCGAACACUUACACCUAGCUAUUACAGAGAUGCUCAAGGUGCAAUCCUAGUAUAUGAUGUUACAAAGAAGGAAACAUUUCAAAAGCUGGAAUCAUGGCUCAAUGAGCUUGAAAUCUAUGGUACACGAAACAAUAUGGCAAAAAUGAUAGUGGGGAACAAAAUUGACUUUGUUGAUCGAAGCAUCAGUCGAGAUGAAGGAUUUAAAUUUGCUAAAAAACACCGAACGAUGUUCAUUGAAACAUCCGCCAAAACCAGCGAAGGAGUUAAGGAAGCAUUCGAAGAAGUAGUCAGAAAAAUUAUGGAAACGGAUGGCCUUUGGGAGCGCAAUGAAUACGGUGAUGGUUUGGACCUGAAUAGUAGAGGGCAGUCUACAGGAUCGUGUUCUUGUUAACUUAUAAUCAUUCACAAAAUACUUUAGAGUAUACUAAUUAAGCCAUAUUUAAUUUUUUUCCUUGUUUAUCAUAUCAUCUAUUUUGUGGAUUCAAAUCAAUCUAACAAUGAUCAGGUAGACAAAUGAUGCGUCAUAGUGAAUUACACUGUUUUUCACCGAUAUUUUGAACUAUGUUAGGUUAAAAAUAAAACUAAUUUCUUGCAUGUAAAAACAGGUUUUAGUAGAAAUAGGACACAGUCAAACGUAAUAAAUAUUGCCAGUAGUUCAACUUUUUUUAAACAUUGUAAUGGGGUCCAGCCUACAAAUAUCGAAGGAUAAAGCUUGUCAAUAACUAUAAA